CGGACCACUGAGAAGCAACAAGAAGUUUUGGAGUUCUAUAAAUUACUUACGAGUGUAACUGUAGAGAAAGUGGUGGAGGAUGAGAAAGAAGAUUGUUCGACUGUGUAUGAUAAAUUCCGAUGUUCUGUAAAAACAGCACAGACACAAGGUAUGAGAAGAUAAAUAUUAACACUAGUGGAAUGUUUACGUUUUGUCCAAAUGUUUGGACAGGGGAAUUCCCUUAGGGGACAAUUGCCUUACGUAAAAUGGAUAAUUUGUCGGAAAUUUUCACUUGAAAGUGGCUAAGAAACAACCAAACUUGAGUGCAAAAAUAUAGCCUGCGAAAACAGCCACCCGAUUGUCCGAAGUUUGAGUGUAAAUUGCGGAUUUGUCCUCCCCCUUCUACCGUGAAUUUCCACCACUGUUUUUGCUGAUGUUACUGAAUGUACUGUAUUUAGAUUAAACGCUUUCAUGAGUCCCAUUCCUUAAAGUAAAAGAAAGAAUAUUAUGAGCUGGCUUUGAGUUAACAGCCGCAAUUACUUUAGUUAAUGCAGUCAUCUAUCGAAGCUUUCUAUAUUUUACAGACACUAUAGCAGUGCACGGAAUAGAAAAAUGACGACUAAUUAUAAGUAAUACCAUGAUAUGAGGGAAAUUAGCGAUUAUAUGUGCCCGAAAGCCGAUGUCCACAAACCUUCCGAGGGUGAGGGACAAUUUAUUAACUUUACAAUCAUACAAAAAAUUAUAACAAUGAUUGAAGGUAUGGUCAACAGGACAUGAGUCCCAUGUGAAGACCAACCUGAAAUAGACAAUGGUGAAUUGGAUUUUGGAUUCAAGAAUUUUGGAUUUCGACUAUUAAAUGUGGAAAUAAGCUUAAACACGAAAACGAGGCUGAGGGGCCAUGGUCCCUCUGCCUCGUUUUCGUGUUUAAGCUUAUUUCCACAUUUAUUGGUCAAAAUCCAAAAAUAUUUUUCAAUCAUGCGUGUGUUGACGAAGGAUGUUCUGUUUCUCUUACUAAUACCAUAGCCCGUGAGAAACAAACCUGAAAUCUAUUCCAUUUAAGGUGGUCCUAAGUUGAAAACAGUGUUAGUCGUGACGUAAUUACCGGAAAGGUCUAUUUCCCGACAUGUCAUGGUAUUAGUUUGUGAUGCCAUGAUUCAGUUUCCACUUAAAAGUGGACGCGCCUGCCCUACUUGCAAUCAGCGAAUUUAAGCUAAAAUAUUUGCUUCUUUGCUUGUGGGAUGUAAAAACUAGUUGCACAUGCGCACUUUUUACGCUUUAAAUGGUUACAUGUGCGCGAUCUAUCAUUUAACACACCACAACAAAAACAGUAAAUAUAUUUGUAUAAAAUCGCAGACUGCACGAGCGAAACUUAAAUGAUGCAACAACUCAGAGGUCGGAUGAUGGGAUAUUGACGGACCUGAGCUAACUGUUGCUGUUCCUUGCACGAUUAUUAUAUGCGUGCGGCACUUGCCUAAUGCGUAGUCGUCAGGGAGACAAAAGGGUUUGGGAAAUUUAUAAAUAGCCCGCUCGACCGCGGGAAUUUGGAGAUUAUAAAUUCCCGCUUGGAACAAUAGAAUCCCGUCCAAUCAUGGUAUUAUAAUAAAAAGUCACCCGAUAAGAGGAUUAUAGUAUAUUGGCAGCGAUAUCGGCCCCAAUUUGUAGAAAAUAGUAGCGGAUACUUCCUGAAAUAUUGGGAGUGGGGACCAAUUUAAGUUGACCACCUGGCAUUUGAUCAUCGGAAUGAACUACGCAACGUUGAAAUUGUGGAAAAGAUUUUCUAUAGAAAAGAACCUCGAAGAAACAACGGCGCAAAAGGCAGUCUAAAACUGUGUGCAUAAAAUGUGCAUAGAAUCCACCCCCGUAAACAAAAUAUUUCAGAUGUACUGUUAACGGUGUUGGUCUUCAACAUCUUAGAUUCUGUAAAUAUAUUAAACGUCCCGGCGACAUUAGAUCGAAUAAAUAUCUAUUCUAUAUCUGAAUAAAUAUCUGUGCUUAGUUCUUUGUGUUGUUUUUCCAGAGUUGCAAUUUCUGCUGUCCUAUGACUCAGAGUUCGCAGAAGUGGAGUACACACCUUUGACUUGGGAUUCAGUGGAUUCAUCGUUUCCUGAAUAUUUGAAAGAACAGAUCUUCUUUGAAAGUGCUCAGGCACCUAACUUCUUACGGCGUCUUAUACAGACAUUUCUGAAACCUGAUGAGAAGUAA